UCCAGGCUUGAGCCCCCACGCCCCAUCCCUCAUCCAAUCAAUUUCCCACUUCUGUCCGUUUCAUUAAUCAUCAUCAAUCCUAUUAAAACCUUAAAAUUUCUUCAUUUCCACAAUUUCCCCCUUUUUCUUAAUUUUAGGGUUUUUAAUUUAAUUCUUCAGCUCCUCAGUGAUUAUCUUAAAAGGGAAAGCCGAUUUUUGCCGUUUUAGGAAUGACUAGUUUGGAAAAGGUUGCAGCUAAUAAAUCGUCAACUGGCGAUGAUGUGAUCCGAUUGAAGAAGCUCAUGAGCUCUCACCGCCGCGGAGAAGUCAAUCCGGGCCGACCGUUGGUUGGAGGCGGUGGUGGUGGGCCCAGCAGCGGCGGAGCUACCGAGGCGGUGGGCCAUGCGUACGGUGAUGAUGUCUCAUCAUCCUCUCGCCUUGGUGGUGAAAAUUUUGCUACUAAUUCGCAGUCUUUUGACAUCUUCGCUGCUUAUUCCGCCACGCCCUUCAAAUCCCCAGAGGAGAUGGCUGCUGCUGCCGCCGCGGCGUUCCCUUUCACAUUCGCUCAAUGGAAAGAGUUAGAGAGACAAGCGAUGAUUUACAAGUACAUGAUUUCGUCUGUGCCUGUCCCUCCCGACCUUCUCUUCCCACAUUCAAGAAACUUCCCUUCCGAUUGCCCUGCUUCAUUGUACAAUGUGAGAUAUUCAAGAAAUGGAGAUCCGGAGCCGGGUAGAUGUAAGAGAACAGAUGGUAAGAAAUGGAGGUGUUCGAGAGAUGUGGCGCCCCACCAGAAAUACUGUGAGCGCCACCUGCACAGGGGCCGCCCCCGUUCAAGAAAGCCUGUGGAAGUUAAAAACAGUGGCGAAAAUCUCAAGAAAACUCGCACUGAGCAAAGCCAUGUUCCUCCUAGUACUACUGUUUCUGUUUCUGUUUCUGCUCAACAAUUUGCUGCAGGGAAUGAUAAUAGUAUCAAUAAGCCCCUUUCUGUUUUCAAUGCUAAAAAUGAUCCCUCUUCUUUCAAAGGAGGACUUAAUAAUAGGGAUUUGAGCUUGAUGAUGGAUGGGACCGAUCAGCGAUGGCAGCAGCAGCAGCAGCAGCAUUUCAUCGAAUCGAAUAUGGGAUUUGUGAAUGUUGGCUCCUCUUCCUCUGUUUAUGGCUCAACUUCCCUUUUCAAUCAAGAUUAUGUCGAGCCAUUGAAUGCGUUAUCCUAUUCGAAUUUCUCGGCCUCUGAAGGCUUCAUCGAUGCCUGGUCGAUGAGCAAUCUCGACAGCAUCAGCAGUGGGAAUGCUGAAUCGUCCGUUACAACGAAUCACGGGAACUUGUCCCCUUCGCUCAAUCUGUCCAUAGCCAUGGCUGCUGCUGAUCAAGAAAUGGGAAGCAUUGAGCAAGAUCCGAGAUGGAUCAACCCUCUCUACUGGGAGCCAUUCGCACGAGGAGGGCCUCUCGCUGAGGCCCUGCAGCCGGGAUCAGUCGCCAUCUCCGGCUGCGACUCGGUCAGCGCCCCCGCUACUAAUGUCUCUUCGCCCACCGGGGUUCUCCACAGGACGCUGUUCUCGCACUCGGAUGGCAGCGUCUGCAGUAGCCCGGCUCCUGCAGCUCCAGCAUCAGAAAUCGCGUUCCACCGGCUCAACUAGUCCCGGUGAGAAGCUGUGAAAUUUUCAAUAUCCCUUUACUUUUGGUUUGUUGAAGUUGAUUUGUGGAUUGUUUGAAUGGUUUAUUUAUGAAGAUGUUGAAUUUUCAUAUA